AAGUUAUAAUUAAUAGAUAUAAACACCUUUGGCAGCCUUAUGUCUUCAGUUUUUCAAUAGUUACGAUAAAAAUGGCAUUUAUAUUCAAAAGACAACUUUCUCAAAAGCUCUACGCAGCUACAUUGAGAGCUUUCUGCUCUCAGACAACUGGAAAACCAUACUGGUUGUCCAAAUUUCCCGAUGGACAAGUUAGAAGCUUCGAGGAGAUACCCAUUAUUGAAGAGAGGUAUGAUGCUCGAAAGAUCCAUGAAGUUUCCAAGGGAUGGUUCCAGAAAUACGGACACGUGGUGAGAGAAUGCAUGACAGACGGCACAUCCUGCGUCCAUCUCUACCACUUCGAAGACUUUCGGGCGGUCUAUUAUAACGAUGGAACGUUUCCGCGAAGAAAGAGUCAUCAGGCGAUAAAACAAUACAGGUCGGAAAGAACCGACAUGUACGAAAAUGUCGGUUUGGGAGCAGGCGAUGGUGCGGAAUGGUGGAUGCUGAGGAAUCUGAUGGCCGUAGGAAUUACGGAGAAAAUUAUCCGGUCUCUCCAUCCAAGCUUGGAGGAAGUAGCGGAUGACUUGGUGAAAAUGUUGCAUAUUGCAGCGAGCGAAGGUGACGUCAACAUGCUUCCAUGGCUGUUCCGCUGGGCAUUUGAAAGUAUUGGUGUUGUCACUCUGAAUCGACGCCUGAAUGCAUUGAGUGAGUACUUAGAUGAAGAGGCCGACAAAAUGGUAGAAGCCGCUGAUCUUACAAAUGAAAUGAUUGCCUUAACAGAAGUGGAUUGGGCCAACUAUGAGAAGCAUUAUCAACGACUAGUAUCUGCACAAGAUUACAUGUAUUUUGUGAUCCUCAGAUACGUCCAUGAGAUAUCUGCGAAAGGCGACUCUAAUUGUGUGGUGAAGACACUGUUGGAGCAACCAAAUGGCUCGGUAAAAAAUGCCAUAACGUUGACUAUGGACAUAUUUCAAGGAGCUCUGCAGACGGUUCCUCUCACAGUGCUAAUGGCUCUCUACAAUUUGGCUCGGAACAAACAAGUGCAAGACGCUGCAAGAGAAGAACUAACGAAGCUGUUGCCAUUAAGAGAUUCAAAAUACUUCUCGAUUGUGAAGAAUUUCAAAUACGACAUUCCACCGUACCUUAAUGGAAUCGUGUGGGAGACUUUAAGAAUAAAUCCUCCCAUUAUCGGAAAUAGAAGAGUGCUUCAAGAAGAUUUGAUCCUGGGUGGAUACAUAGUUCCUAAAGGGAUACACGUCAUACUCCACCAGCAAGUGGCAUGUCUCUUGGAAGAAAACUUCGCUGACCCCCUUAAAUUCAAUCCUGAAAGACAUCCCUCUCCCCAUAUGCAGCACCUCGAAUACGUUUUUGGGGCCCGAAGAAGGAUCUGCUUCGGAAAAACUUUUGCUCUUGAUCAAAUGGCUUUAGUUAUUGCAAAGAUCCUGAGGGAUUUCGAAAUCGUCUACGACGGGGAAGAAGUCAACAUGAUCAAUCGACUCCAUAAUAAACCCGAGGUGCCCCUUUAUUUGAGAUUAUUUCCACUAAUGUAAGAACAUGGCAGUUAGAGGACUUUUAUUAACCUGUAUAAAUUUAGGAGCUGUGCUCUUGUUAUUUACAAAAUUUUUAUUAAUAAUAAACACUGUUUAUUUUCACGUGUUU